AUGGAAUGCAGAUCUCAGGAUUCAUUUCAUGUCCUUGGUGGUUUGGGAGAAAUGGAGUUUCCCAAGACAACUGUUCAAGGAAGUGUUUGUAAAGUUGGAGCAAAGACGUCAGAAAUCCUGCCAACAGAUGGUGGAAAAUUUGAGCGAAAGGAUGAUGUUUGCAAUUGGAGCCACAGCUUGUCCUCAGAAGCUGGAAAGGCAAUGGAAGCCUCAGAUUCUGUUAAUAACUGCAGUCAUUCCAAGGAACCAGAAGAUGGAACUCCAGAAAUGGAGACCCUAAAAGCAACUUGUUCUCCUGAAAAUGCAGAAGAAACAUCAUCAUCUGUGGACAUCCUUGAUAAAUCUGAUGGUAGCAUUGAUGAGAAGAAAUAUAGGAAAGAUACCCAAGCUUCUGUUUCAUGUCAAAAUGGGUGUAAAGAUAUGGAAAUAGAAGAGUCUGGACCUAUAGAAGGAUUGAAUGGAAGUAAAGGAGAAAAGAAUAGUGGUGACCCAUCUUGCCAGGUGAUGAUGCUUGAAAGCUAUGUUUUGCAGCUUCUAUGUGUGCAAGUACUGAAGGAAGCAUUUGCACAGGGCAUUGCCAAGAAGGUAUGA